AUGGCUUCCCAGCUGCGAAAGGUGUUCGGCUCCAGCCGCACCAAGUCUUCCUCGCACCCGCGCCAAAAGUCGACCGACUCCGACGACGCUCCCUCCAACGUCCACAGAUCCGACUCGCAAAACUCCAUCGGCCGCUCCUUCCUCAAGGGCAGCCCCUCCCCCAGCAAGCUCAAGGACACCGAAUCCGACGGCAGGACCACCCCCACCCCCGCCGCUCCUCAGCGCACCGCCGAGUCCUCCAACGACGCACCCGCAGCCCCGGCUGUGACCCCUUCCACCCAAGCGCCCGCAGCCCAGCAGCAGCAGCAGCAGCAGCAGCAGCAGCAGAAGCAGCCCAUCGAGGCCGCCGCUGACAAGACUCCCACCUCGGAAUCGCCCGCGCCCGCCGCACCUGCUGCCCCCUCCGCCCCCGCACCCACCGAGACCAUGGAGCCCAAGACUUCGCUCAGCAUCGACAUCCCGGGCCGCGACGGCGUCGCCUCCCAGAGCGUCGAGCUUCCCAAGAAGCCCGCCAAGGCAACCGAGAGGAAGCCCGACCCCGCCGAAAAGACGCCCGUCCCCACCAGCCCGUCGUCCAAGCCCUCGUUCCACUCGCGCUCGUCGGCCUCGGCCCACAAGGCCGAAUACCACCCCGACAAUGCCUACAAGUAUGCCAACCCCAAGCACUACUCGGCGCGCCCGGAGACCUACCACCGCAAGUCGUUCAGCCAGGCCGCCUGCGAGUCGGUCACGGGCGGCCACGCGGCCAACGGCAGCGAGCACGACAUCGGCCACAACCGUGGUCCCACGCAUGCGCUCAACCAGGCGGCCGACUCGCGCGCCGCCAACGGCACCAACGGCAUGGCUUCGGUCGAGGAGACGCGCCUGCAGGAGGACGCCAACAAGGAGCGCCACUGGAAGCGCUGGGGUCCCUACCUCAGCGAGCGCCAGUGGGGCACCGUCCGCGAGGACUACAGCGACAACGGCGACGCCUGGUCGCACUUCCCGCACGAGAUUGCGCGCAGCCGCACCUACCGCUGGGGCGAGGACGGCCUGGCGGGUCUCUCGGACAACCACUGCCGCCUCGGCUUCAGCCUGGCGCUGUGGAACGGCAAGGACCGCAUGCUCAAGGAACGCCUGUUCGGCCUCGCCAACAACGAGGGCAACCACGGCGAGGACGUCAAGGAGCUCUACUGGUACCUCGACAGCACGCCCACCCACAGCUACAUGAAGAUGCUCUACAAGUACCCGCAGGGCCCCUACCCGUACGACCAGCUGCUGCGCGAGUCGCGCAACCGCGGCCGCGACGUCGCCGAGUUUGAGAUCACCGACACCGACCUCUUCGACGACAACCGGUACUGGGACGUCUUUGUCGAGUACGCCAAGGACGCCGACGAGGAAAACGCCGUCUCGAUCCGCAUCAGCGCCUACAACCGCGGGCCCGAGGCGGCCGACCUGCACAUCAUCCCGCAGAUGUUCUUCCGCAACUACUGGUUCUGGCCCAAGGACGAGCCCGAGAAGCCCAAGAUGAAGCAGACGGGCGACUACGUCAUCCAGGCCGACCACAAGGAGCUGGGCCGCUACCACCUCUACUGCUCCACCAGCCCUGCCCCGAGCGCGCCGGCGCCGCGGAGGGGCCAGGCGCCUGAGCCCGUCUCGGACGAGGAGGUGGCACCCGAGCUCCUCUUCACCGAGAACGAGACCAACUUCGAGCGCCUCUACAAUGGCCAGAACAAGAACGUCUACGCCAAGGACGCCUUCCACGACCACAUCGUGCCCGCCCACCGCCUCGAAAAGGACCGCCCGCAGCCCGUGCGCAAGACGCGCACCGUCCAGCGCACCGUCACGCGCACCGUGCGCACGCCGAGGUCGGUCGCAGCCGGCUCGACCGAUGGGGACGGCGCCGACGGCGAGGAGCAGGAGCAGCAGUACGACGAGGAGGAGGUCGAGGAGCACGUCGACGAGGAGCAGGAGUACUGGGAGAUCCCCGAGGACGCGCCGCCCACCCGCGACUACGUCAACCCGGCCAAGGAAGGAACCAAGGCGGGCGCCCACUACGUCUUCCGCCAGGUGCCGCCCAACGGCGGCUGCGCCGUGGUGCGCAUGAAGCUGACGCCCCGCACCCCACAGGAGGACCCGACGGUCGACGACGACGAGCAGUUUGACGGCGUCGUCGAGUCGCGCCGCUCCGAGGCCGACGAGUUCUACAGCAAGCUCGUCAUCGGCCCCAUGCCCGACGACAUGAAGAACAUCAUGAGGCAGGCCCUCGCCGGCAUGAUGUGGAACAAGCAGUUUUACAUGUUCGUCCAGUCCGAGUGGCUGCGCGGAGACCCGGGACAGCCUGCGCCGCCGCCGCAGCGCAAGCACAUCCGCAACCACGACUGGCGCCACCUGCACAUGGAGGACGUCCUGUCGAUGCCUGACAAGUGGGAGUACCCGUUCAGCGCCGUGUGGGACACGGCCUUCCACUGCAUCCCGCUGGCCAUGAUUGACCCGGCGUUUGCCAAGAAGCAGCUCGACCUCUUCACGCGCGAGUGGUACAUGAAGCCCGACGGCGCGCUGCCGGCCUACGAGUGGAACUUUUCCGACGUCAACCCGCCGGUCCACGCCUGGGCAACGUUCCGCGUCUUCAAGAUUGAGCGCAAGCUGUUUGGCCGCGAGGACCUCGACUUCCUCGAGCGCGUCUUCCAGAAGCUGCUCAUCAACUUUACCUGGUGGGUCAACCGCAAGGAUUCGGGCGGCGCCAACGUCUUCGAGGGCGGCUUCCUCGGCCUCGACAACAUCGGCCCCUUUAACCGCUCCGAGCCGCUGCCCACCGGCGGCGUGCUGCGCCAGGCCGACGGCACCGCCUGGAUGGCCUUCUACGCGCUCAACAUGCUCAACAUGGCGCUCGAGCUGGCCAAGCACAACCCGACGUACGAGGACAUCGCGUCCAAGUUCUUUGAGCACUUUAUCUUCAUCUCGGACGCCAUGACCUACAAGAACGCGGGCGACGACGAGGGCCUGAGCCUGUGGAGCGACAAGGACGGCUUCUACUACGACGCCAUCGAGUGGGGCCCGGGCAACAGCCAGGUGAUCCCGGUCAAGAGUCUGGUAGGCCUGAUCCCGCUGUACGCGACGCUGACGAUCGAGCCGUCGGCGCUCAAGCGCUUCCCGAGCUUUGCCAAGCGGAUGCAGUGGUUCCUCGACAACCGGCCCGAGAUGGCCGAGCGCAACAUUGCCAACAUGAAGGUGGCCGGCCGUGCCGACCGCCGGCUGCUGUCGAUGGUGAGCCGCGAGAGGCUGGAGCUGAUCCUCAAGCGGAUGCUCGACGAGACCGAGUUCCUCAGCGAGUACGGCGUCCGCUCGCUCAGCAAGGACCACCAGAAGAACCCCUUCCACGUCAACGUCGGCGGCGAGGACUUUGGCGUGGGCUACUGGCCUGGCGACAGCCACAGCCCCAUGUUUGGCGGCAACUCGAACUGGCGCGGGCCCAUCUGGAUCGCCGUCAACUUCCUGCUGAUCGAGAGCCUGCAGCGCUUCUACCAGUACUAUGGCGAGAGCUUCAAGAUCGAGUGCCCGACGGGCAGCGGCGACUUUAUGCACCUGGGCCACGUUGCCGAGGAGCUGUCGCACCGGCUGCUGCGCAUCUUUACGCGCGAUGAGUCUGGUCGGCGCGCGACCAACGGCGGCGUGCCGAUGCUCGACUACGAGCCCGAGUUCCGCGACCUGGUGCACUUCUACGAGUUCUUCCACGGCGACACGGGCAAGGGGCUGGGCGCGAGCCACCAGUGCGGCUGGACGGGCCUGAUCGCCUACACAAUCUUUUCGACGGGGGCGAGCUACGGGCUGGCGCACACGCCGCGCACGCCCAAGUCGACGGCGGCGCACUACUUUGACGAGCACCUCACCGAGGACAACCGCUCCGAGGCCGGCUCGAUUCCCUACUCGUCGGCCUACUCGCGCCCACCGUCGCCCGACGAGCUCUGA